AUGUUUGACAAGGACGCCCAGAAGUCCAAGGAACCAUAUGGUUCCUCGGCCAAUCCCAGCAGUAUCGAAUUGGGGAUACAGCGUCCAGUAAACGAUGUCGAUGUCGAUGCAGAAAUCGAGUUACAGAGAAAAGAGUCUGGCAUGCCGCCAUUGGAUGCAGAUGUCCCAUCGGCACCUCUUGAUUGGGAUCAUCCGGACGACGAAAAGAAUCCAAGGAAUUGGGCAUUUGGUGAUCGAGUAUUCCAAACUAUCCCGCCCGCACUUUUUAGUUUUGUAGUUACUUUAGCAUCGCCGAUUUAUACAACGGCGACACAGCAGAUUCAAGAUGAAUUUAACGUUUCGUUCGAGGUGGCACUUGUGCCACUGACUACACAUACUUUGGGAUUCGCAUUGGGGCCUAUGCUUGCUGCGCCAUUGAGUGAAAUGUUUGGUAGAAAAUAUGUCUACCUUAUCAGUUUCGCACUCUUUUUGCUGUUCACAAUGGCAUCGGGGUUGGCACCAAAUGUGACGGCCCUUUGCAUCUUCAGAUUGAUUGCUGGAUGCGUGGGUGCGCCUGCCCUUGCAGUAGGCGCUGGAACAAUAGGUGAUAUUUGGGAUACACAUAAGGAUGGUGGGCUAGCGGCAAUGUUCUUCAUUAUGUCUCCAUUCCUAGGUUCUUCCCUGGGACCUGUCUUCGGCGGCCUCAUUAGCUACCAUCGUACUUGGCGCUGGACCAUGUGGCUCGUCCUCCUCGUCGGCGGACCCAUGUUCCUCUGGUUCAUCCCAUUUAUGAAGGAAACGUACAAACCCGCGAUUCUCAAAAAGCGAGCCAUCGAGCGCGGCCAGAAACUCCCACCAAAACCUAGUGGUGCUGAGGCGAUGAAGAAGGUCCUUUUAAUAACUCUAUUCCGCCCGGUACAUAUGUUGUUCACUGAACCCAUCGUCAUCGCUCUAUCGCUGUACACCGCCUUCAUCUUCGGUGUACUCUUCCUCUUCUUCGCGGCGAUCCCAUACUCAUUCGGUACACAAUACCAUUUCGACAGACGACAAAGCGGGUUAAUCUUCAUCAGCAGUGUUAUUGGGAUCAUCCUUGGUUCCAUGACCUUUGGCGUCAUCGACCGUACAAUUUAUAAGCGAAGAUAUGAGCACGCUAUCGCUAACGGUCAAAAGGCUCCUGUCGAGCUACGGUUAAUUAGUGCCAUGGUGGGGAGCUUAGCUCUCCCCGUAUCACUAUUUUGGUUUGCAUGGACAUGUCGAACAUCAAUUCAUUGGAUAGUCCCGACUUUAUCCAUCAUCCCCUUCGGAUUCUCGAUGAUGCUUAUUUUCCUCGCAUCGGCUACAUACCUAGUCGACACAUACCAAUUUAUGGCCGCUGCUAGUGCUUUGGCUGCGAACGGCCUCCUGCGCUACGGAUUCGGUGCCGUGUUCCCAUUGUUUGCUAUACAGAUGUAUACGAACUUAGGAAUCGGUAUGGCGACAACAGCGCUGGGCAUUAUCGCCGUAGUGUUGACGGCAGUGCCGUUUGUGUUUUAUCAGUUCGGAAGGUACUUUAGGGAGAAGUCAGGCUAUGACACUCUUAAAGGCUAG